AUGAAGGGUGAAGGGGACGAACGAAGAAGUGAACGUCAGGUAGAAGUGUCGUCAGAGGAAGAAGGGCAGUUUGUCAGACAUCGGGAAGAGAAAGAAGAAGGUAGAAAACGUGGUGACCGCCGUGGGAGUGACGAGGAAGACCGGCAUCGCCGCAGAGAGAAAGAUCGUGGUGGAGAUUUGGAUUUUGAGCACGAAGAUGACAGGAAGAGGAUUAGGGAUAAGGAUAGGGUUAGGAGACAUAGAGAGGCUGGUAAUGAGAAAGAGAAGGAUAGCCGUCGUAGGUACAAAGAGGAUUCAGAUGAUGGGAAGAGAAUUAGGGAUAGGGAAAGGAGGCAUAGAGUUGAUAGGGAUAAUGGUAAUGAAAAGGAGAGGGAGAGAGGUCGUCGGAGUCGGUACGAGAAUGAUUCAGACGAGGAGCAUGAUAGGAAGCGGAAUUGGGAUAGGGAAAGGAGGCAUAGGGUUGAUAGGGACGGCGAUCAUGAGAAGGAGAGGGAUCGGCGCGGUGACGAGGAUAGAAGGAGGAAUGGGGAGAGGGGCCAACGAGUUGAAAAGAAUGGUGACAAUGCGAGAGAAGAGAGUAGGAAGAAAGAGGAAGAACAUGCGGUGAUACCGGAACUCAAUGGGGAUGCAUCUAAGUUAGGGAAAAGUGGCGGUGUUUACAUUCCACCUUUUAAGUUAGCAAGGAUGAUGAAAGAAGUUGAUGAUAAAAGUAGUCCUGAGUAUCAACGCCUGACUUGGGAUGCUCUAAGAAAGAGUAUAAAUGGGCUGGUAAACAAGGUCAAUGCUGCCAACAUUAAGAAUAUAAUUCCGGAAUUGUUUGCUGAGAACUUGAUUCGGGGAAGAGGGCUCUUCUGUAGGUCUUGUAUGAAGUCUCAGAUGGCAUCUCCUGGGUUUACCGAUGUGUUUUCCGCAUUGGUUGCUGUUGUCAACACUAAAUUUCCUGAAGUUGGGGAUCUUUUGCUUAGAAGGAUUGUUCUGCAGCUAAAAAGAGCGUAUAAGCGGAAUGACAAGCCUCAAUUACUUGCUGCUGUUAAGUUUGUAGCACAUCUGGUGAAUCAGCAAGUGGCUCAUGAGAUCAUUGCGCUAGAGCUGCUCACGGUUUUGCUCGAGAAGCCAACCGAUGACAGUGUUGAAGUAGCUGUUGGUUUUGUCACAGAAUGUGGUUCAAUACUGCAGGAUCUCUCACCUAGAGGACUUCAUGGCAUCUUUGAGCGUUUCCGGGGAAUUCUUCAUGAAGGAGAAAUCGACAAACGUGUUCAAUUUCUGAUUGAAGGCUUAUUUGCAAUAAGAAGGGCAAAGUUUCAGGGCUAUCCAGCUGUUCGGCCUGAAUUAGACCUCGUGGAGCAGGAAGAUCAGUUAACUCAUGAAGUUUCCUUGGAUGAGGAAAUCAAUGCCGAGACUUCCCUCGAUAUAUUCAAACCUGACCCCAAUUAUAUGGAGAAUGAAAAACGUUAUGAAGAGUUGAAGAAAUCCCUGCUGGGUGAGGAAGAGGAAUCAGAGGGAGAUGAUGAAGGCUCGGAUGCUGAAUCAGAUGAAGAUGAUGAAUCUGAUGAAGAGAACGAGGAAAAUUUUGAGGAAGCUGGUCAUAAGCUUCUCAAAAUCCAUCUCGAGCCAGGUCAAGAGAUGGAAUUGUGCAUUAUGCUUUUGGAAUGUUGCAGCCAAGAAAGAACUUACCUCCGAUAUUACGGUCUUCUGGGCCAGCGAUUCUGCAUGAUUAACAAAGUGCAUCAAGAAAAUUUUGAGACAUGCUUUGUGCAACAAUAUUCCAUGAUCCAUCGACUUGAAACAAACAAACUGCGAAAUGUGGCAAAAUUUUUUGCUCAUUUGCUUGGGACAUUUGCUCUGCCUUGGCACGUCUUAUCAUACAUUCGCUUGACUGAAGAGGACACAACUUCUUCUUCACGUAUAUUUAUUAAGAUUCUCUUCCAGGAAUUGUCAGAGCAUCUUGGCAUUCGGUUGUUAAAUGAGCGGUUAAAUGAUCCAACAAUGCAGGACUCUUUUGAAUCCAUAUUUCCCAAAGAUAAUCCUAAAAACACACGAUUCUGCAUUAACUUCUUCACAUCCAUUGGACUUGGUGGUCUUACUGAGAAUCUACGUGAGUAUUUGAAAAAUAUGCCACGUCUGAUCAUGCAACAACAGAAGCAAGUUCUGGAUUCUGACUCAGAUAAGGAAUCUGCAAGCUCCGGUUCAUCAGAUUCGGGAUCCAGUUCUGAGUCAGAGUCUGACUCGGCAAGUUCUGAUGAAAGUGAUAGAAAAAGAAGUAAGCGUAGAAGAAAAUAA